AUGGAAAUGGAUGAACAAGUUGCAAUGUUCUUACAUAUACUUGGACAUAAUCUAAAAAUUCGAAUAAUAGUCAACAGAUUUCAAAGGUCCACCGAAACGAUAAGUAGGUAUUUCAAGCUAGUCUUAAAUGCGGUAUGUCGCCUACACAAAGAGUUUUACAAGACACCAGUCCCUGUGCCAGAUAAUGAAUUAGAUGAGAAAUGGAAGUGGUUUAAGGGUUGCCUAGGAGCAUUAGAUGGAACAUAUAUUAAGAUUAGGGUCCCUCCUAGUGAUCAAAAACCUUACCGUUCACGAAAGGGUGACAUUUGUACCAAUGUUCUGGGUGUUUGUACAAGAGACCUUCAGUUUACCUACGUGUUGGUGGGAUGGGAGGGUUCAGCAACGGAUAGUCGAGUGCUUCGGGAUGCCAUUAGUAGGCCAAACGGUCUUAAGAUACCUAAUGGAACGUACUACCUUUGUGAUGCCGGCUAUGCCAACGCGGAAGGUUUUUUAACUCCGUAUCGUGGUCAGAGAUACCAUCUUAAUGAUUGGAACCGUCCACCUACAACUCCAAAAGAGUUGUAUAAUAAGAAACAUGCAUCGGCAAGAAAUGUCAUUGAGAGAUGUUUCGAAUUAAUCAAGAAUAAAUGGGCUAUUUUGCGUGAUGUUUCUUACCAUCGACCACGCUCUAUGGCACGAAUAAUUAUUGCUUGUUGCUUGAUGCAUAAUUUCAUUCGCACAACAAUGGACCAUGACCCUUCUGAUGAUGAAGUACCAGAUGACCAUAUAGAACCCGAAAACAACCAUGAUAAUGUGAUUAACACCGUGGAGACUUCACAUGGAUGGAAUGACCGUAGGGAUAACCUUGCGAAUGACAUGUUUAAUGAGUGGAAUGCAAGACGUUCUCAUUUGGCCCACUAA